AUGCGCAAGUUUGUAAUUGAGAGUGAGUUUGAAAAGAACGUCAAACGAUUUGGUUUAAAAGGACGAUCUAUUCAGUUUAGGUUAAAACAAAUACCACCUAACGAAAAUAGCAUAUUAUGGAUUAAGAACGCGAUCAGGCAAAUAAUCACGUAUGCAUGUAAUAAGGUUUCGGCUGAAGACAUGGUAGGAUUUACUUUUUGUUCUAAAAAAUUUUCGCGAGGAGGGGGUUAUUUGAAGUUCCAACGCGCUGAUUCAGUAUAUUUUGAAGACAUAUGGGAGCUAAUUUCGUCUAUAUAUCAAUCAAAUUCGGACGGAUUGAGCACAGAAACUUUUUGUUUGGAGGCGACCAUUGUCCGUACCCCAUUAGGCAGGGGGAGAUCAGCUUGUAGCAAAUACAUAGGUUUCGAGGAGGAGUGUAAAGCAAGGCGAGGUAUUGUUUACAUAAAAAAUGUAGAUAAUUUAUGUUUACCUCGAGCUCUUGUUGUUGCUAUAGCCAAUACAACUGAUGAUCCUGAUUAUCAAAAUAUACGAAAGGAUAUAGCACAAAUUCAAUAUAAGAAAGCAAAACAAUUAAUGCAAGAAGCCGACAUUGAGAUUGGAAGAAACGGGGCGGGUUUACCCGAAUUAGAAAAGUUUCAGUCGCAUCUAAAUAAUUUUAAAAUUGUUGUUUACAACUAUGGGUCCAAAGGGCGCGAUCUUAUUUUCGAGGGUGAUUCUGAGGCAACGCUAAAAAUUAAUUUGUUGUACUAUAAUAAUCAUUACAAUGUAAUAACCUCACUAACGGCUGCUUUUGCGUGCGUGUAUUUUUGCGACAAGUGUCACGUGGGCUAUAACAAUAAAUUCGAUCACAAGUGUGUUGGUGUUUGUUCAUCGUGCAAACAUUCUCCUCCAUGCGAUCGUGGUCAGGCAAUAAAUUGCCCAGACUGUUGCAGAUAUUUUGUCUCUAAAACAUGUUUUGAUAAACACAAAGAAUUAGGGCAUAAAGAGCAUAAAACAAUUUGCGAAAAAAUAUUUAAGUGUAAAACCUGUUACAAAACAGUUCGAAAAGGGACGGACCACAAAUGUAACUCAUAUUACUGUAAAACAUGCAAGAAAAGUCGGCCAGAUGAUCAUCUUUGUUAUAUGCCUGUAGAUAAUUCAUCACCUAAUUUAAAAGAUUUUUUAUUCAUUUUCUAUGACCUUGAAUGUACGCAAGACAAAAAAUUUAGCGAGUUGAAAACUUUACACGAGCCAAAUUUGUGCGUUUUUAACCAAAGGUGCGAGAUGUGUCUAAAUGAUCCAUUGGAAAAUAUUAUCUGCAAUAAUUGUGAUGUUCGACGGCAGAUCCUAAAAUUUUCCGAUGUUAUUGAAAGAUUUGUUCAUUACAUUCUAGAGAUAAAAAAAAGAUUCAAACGCGUAAUCGUUUUGGCUCAUAAUGGGCAAGCGUAUGAUCAUCAAUUUAUUUUAAAUUACAUUUUAACCAAAACUAAAUUUAAACCUGAGAUGAUUAUGCGGGGAUCUAAAAUUAUUUCUAUGUAUAUCGAUAAUGUCACAUUUUUGGACUCCUUGAACUAUUUUCCAAUGGCUCUAGCGAAACUACCCAAAGCGUUUGGAUUGAAAGAUAAUUUUCGAAAAGGCUAUUUCCCAUACCAUUUUAAUACGCUUGAAAAUCAAAAUUAUAUAGGACCUUAUCCCGAUAUGGGGUACUAUGGCCCAAAUACAAUGAUGGCAGACGACCGAGAAAAGUUCAUUCUUUGGUAUAAUGAAAACAAAGACAAAGUGUUUGACAUGCAAAAAGAAAUUGUGACAUACUGCGUAUUAGACGUAGAUAUUUUAACACUGGCCUGUUUAAAGUUUAGAGAAUCAUUAAUUAAAGCGGGGAACGUGUGCCCAUUUUCAGAAGCUUGCACUAUUGCCAGUUCUUGUAAUAAACUGUUUCGUCGAAACUUUUUGAAACCGGAUACUAUCGGUUUGAUUCCUCGACACGGGUAUCGUUAUCGAGAUAAGCAAUCAAAAAUAGCAAUUGAGUGGUUAAUAUGGGAGGAAAAAGUAAGGGGCAUUAACAUAUUGCACGCAGCUAAAGGGAAAGAAAUGGUACUAGGUGGUUUGUCCGUCGAUGGGUAUUGCGCAGAAACCAAUCAAGUCUUCGAAAUGAUGGGGUGUUUCUACCACGGAUGCACAAAAUGUUUUAAAAAUGAUCGUGAUAAACCAGUAUAUAAUAACGGCGACGAAACCAUGAAUCUAAGAUAUGAAAAUACCCGUUCGAAGAUCGUUCAUUUAAAUCAAUUAGGUUACGAGGUGAUAGUAAAGUGGGAAUGCGAAUUUAAUCAAGAGAAAAACUCGGAUAUGGCACAGUACAUAUCUGACCACCCACUGAUCAAUUUUGCGCCUUUAAAUACGAGAGAUAGUUUUUAUGGGGGCCGAACCGGAAACAUCAAGUCUUAUUACAAAGCGAAAGAAGGGGAAAAAAUAAAAUACAUUGAUAUCUGUUCAUUGUACCCUUGGGUUUGUAAGUAUGGAAAAUUUCCGAUAGGGCACCCUAAAGUUUUACUCUCGAAUGACUUGAUCGAUCUAGAUGUUACCAAAGUAGACGGCAUCAUUAAAUGUAAGGUAUUACCUUCGCAAAAUUUAUUUCACCCGGUACUUCCGAUAAAACUAAAUAAAAAAUUAAUGUUCCCUCUGUGUUUCUCAUGCGCAAAGAGCUUCAAUCAGGGGGAAUGUUGUCACAAUACGGAGGAGAGGGCCAUUGUGGGAACGUGGGUUGUUGACGAACUUGUUAAAGCUUUAGAAAAGGGGUAUCAAGUUCUACAAAUCUACGAAGUUUGGGAUUAUAAAACCGAACAAUAUGAUGGGAAAUCAGCGGGAUUAUUUACAGAAAUGAUGAAUAAAUUUAUCAAAAUUAAACAGGAAGCGAGUGGAUGGCCAUCAAACUAUAGUGGUAUGUAUAUUCAUACUAUGUACUAG